GUAGAACUGUACGAUUGAUUUAUAUACUAUUUAUUUUUUAUCUAUAAACAUUAUUUGUUGAAGAGUAAGCUGCUUAUACUUGAAAUCGUCCAAGUUUCGUUACUUGCUUGGUUCUCCCAAUUGGCCCUGUGUUUACCAUUUUACAUGUGGAUACCUCAAUUCACGAAGCUCAUAGAGUAUCAGGCAUUAAACGUUAGAUAAUUUCUUAAUUUUUUUUAGUUUACUUUUGACAUAAUUUCCUGGCUUUCGUUGAUAUUCUUGUCUUCCUUUCAUUAGGUUUCCAUCUUUAUCGUUCUUAUAUAAGCAAUAUGCCGCCAAGGCCUCCUGGAGGCGGGCCUACACAAAACUCAGCAUCAAAUGCUCACUUAAAAUUUGAAAUGAAUGCACCUAGAGUGCCCAAUGCCACUAUUCCUCGCAAGCGCCGUGCCGGCACGCAGAGUACUGCAAGUUAUGCCUCGGCUUCCCCAAGCUCUUCUGCAGAGAGUGCACUCCAUAGUGAGAAUGAAACGAACAUAAACGUAGCAGUCCGUGUUCGAGGUCGUAGUGAUCGAGAAAUUCGCGACAAUAGUGCUCUUGCUGUUAGUACCUCAGGCGCAGUUGGUGCUGAAUUAGCUAUUCAGUCUGAUCCGUCUUCAAUGCUCGUUGCUAAGACAUAUGCAUUUGAUAAAGUUUUUGGCCCUGAAGCAGAUCAGCUUAUGCUUUUCGAACAUGCAGUAUCUCCCAUCUUAACCCAAGUACUAAAUGGAUAUAACUGCACUGUUUUUGCCUAUGGUCAAACGGGAACAGGAAAAACUUACACUAUGUCUGGUGAUUUAUCCGAUUUCAACGGUAUUUUGUCAGAGGGUGCUGGUUUAAUUCCUCGGGCCCUUUAUACUUUAUUUUCUACCUUAGAUAAUACCGGUCAAGAGUAUGCGGUAAAAUGCUCAUACUAUGAGCUCUAUAAUGAAGAAAUUAGGGAUCUUUUGGUACCUGACGACCUCCGUAAACGAGCUCAGGUUUUUGAAGAUACCUCUCGUCAAGGAAAUGUUGUUGUCACAGGAAUGGAGGAAUUUUACAUUAAGAAUGCAGCGGAAGGUCUCCGUUUACUUCGUGAAGGUUCUUACCGCCGCCAUGUUGCCGCUACCAAGUGUAACGAUCUAUCCUCACGGAGUCAUUCUAUUUUCACUAUUACUAUUUGCACAAAGGUUACCUCUUCCAGCUCUCAUGAACCAGGAUUCACCAAUAUGUCAUCGAAUAACAGUCCGGAUGACUAUAUGCGUGUCAGCAAGCUUCACAUGGUAGAUCUUGCCGGAAGUGAAAAUAUUGGUAGAUCUGGGGCUGGAAACAAGCGUGCUCGCGAAACCGGUAUGAUCAAUCAAUCGUUACUUACAUUAGGACGUGUAAUCAAUGCUCUUGUCGAAAAAUCCCAUCACAUUCCCUAUCGAGAGUCAAAAUUGACUAGGCUAUUGCAAGAUUCGCUUGGUGGAAAAACUAAAACUUCGAUGAUUGUAACGGUUUCCUCUACGAAUAGUAAUAUGGAAGAGACACUUUCAACUUUGGAGUAUGCGUCACGUGCCAAAAGCAUUCGAAACAAACCACAAAAUAAUCAAUUGAUAUUUCGUAAAGUUCUUAUUAAAGACCUCGUCCUUGAAAUCGAGCGCUUAAAGGCGGAUUUGAAUGCCACUCGUCAAAAGAACGGAGUUUACUUGGCAGAAGGUUCUUAUAAAGAAUUGAUAGAGGGGGAGCAAAGUAAAAGUACUCUUUGUCAAGAACAGGCUCGAAAAUUAGAGGUGCUGGAGCUCAAUAUAAAAAAUGCACGUGAACAGUUACAGUUAGUUUCGAAAUCAAAUCAAGAACAUAGAAAGGAAAUAGACGGUUUACAAAGUCAGCUCGCAUCUUCAAAUUCUGAUUUGGAGGCAACAAGGAUGGAAAAUGAGAAAUUACGAGAACAGUUGAACUCAGAGAUGGAAAAAAGAAAGGAAUAUGAAACCAGCGAACAAAAGAUAACAACUGUUGCAAGCGAUCUAUCUCAGUAUUAUCGUGAAUCAAAAGAGUAUAUUAUUCGCCUCUAUGAAAAGCUUAGUCGGACAGAAAAAACAAGUGAAGAGAACGAGACCAAAUUUUUGAAUCUUAAGCAAGAACUGCUUGCAAUGCUUACUAGCUUUCAAGGAAAUAUUACGAAUGGGACAAACGGCUACUUUAAUUUAUUAAACACUUUUAAUGCUUCUAUGGAGGACAUUAUAAAUAAUCACAGUGUCUUGUUAAAUACUUCUGUACAACAAGUGAAUGCGCAUUUUAUUAACUUGGAAAAUUUGUUACAGGAAGCACGGUCUUCAUCGAAUCCUUCGACAACGCUUGAUUCCUUGGUCAUGGACUUGUUAGAAUCCAGAAAAAAUUUAUUGCUUUUACUGGAAAAUAGUCUACAGGAAAUUAGCAUGUCUUCCCAAAAAUUAGGCAAUGGAAUAUCCACUGAAUUAAUUGAAUUACAAAAAGAGGUUAAAGACUCGUACCGAAAGGUUGUCCAGGACCUUCGUACUCUCUUUAAUUCCCAGCAGAGCUUUUGCAAAUCUCAGAAAGAAUUAAUAUCGACAGCUAAGGAUGAGAUUACGACAAUACUUCAAUCUUGCACCACAUCUUUAAGCGAGAACAAUAGUACUGUUGAACAAUUUUUAAAUGAGCAUAAGGUUCAGGAGGAAAUAAAACAAAAAGAAUUGAUGAACCGAAUUAAUACGGUGGUUGGUCAGUUUUUGCAAGAGCAGAAUCAGUUACUCUACUCCAAUGUUGGGGGAUUUCAUUCAAAGUUAAAAAAAACGGAGUCGGAACUUGUCAAUUCAAACAAGCAGUUCAAACUGCAUUUUGAUAAGCUGAACGAUGACUCGGAUGUGUUUUACAAUGCUUUAUUAGAAAAUAAAGGAAAGUUGCAAAGUACCAUCUCACAAAGUUCAGGAUUAUUGGAUGCAAAAGGAAAAAGCAUUCAUUCGAAUUCACGCUCUGUUUAUGAUGAGUGCAUGACAUUGGCUGAGUCACAAAAGGAGAAUGUUUAUUCUGAAGUUCGGACGCUGGAUCGUUUGCUACAAAGUCUUCAAGCUCAUUCUGAUGAUCAUCUCCAAGAAAAGCAUGAAAAGCUUUUACUUCGAUUGAAUGACUUAAUGAAAAAGACUGCAACAGUGAGAGAUUCUGUUGCAGCACCUCAGGAUAAUUUAAAUAUGCUAACAAGUCAAAUCCAAGAUGGAACUACGUCUCUGGCACAACAUACUAACGUUUUGCUUGGUAAUGAAACAGAAUCUUUGGCGAACUUUGAAGCUACUUUAGAAAAUACAAACUUUGACACAAUUGAACCGACGGCGGAAACAUUCAAACAAAAGUUUCCUGAGACACCUUCUUGGUCACGAGAAUUGGCAUUUGCGGAUGAUUUGUCAAAUUUAUUUAUCAACAAGGCAGAGCUUCGUGAAGGAGAAAAUUUUCAGCCUUCUGAUUUACCAAGGAAGGAGUUGUCUUUGCAUCCUGCUCAACGUGUAUCGUCGAAUCCAUCGAAGUCUGAUACCCUCAAACGAACAAAUAAUGCCAUAAACAAGCGGUUUUCCGCACGUGGCAAACGCUGAUCGAACAAUAAUGUUUUGUAAUUUGAUGAUUCUUCUGCUUUUUCUCUAUGUUUCUUAGUUUAUGAUUCUUUGGUUAUAUAAAAUCUUUGGUAAUAACCCUAAUAUUGAAGUUUAUUUCUUAUAACGCAACC